GUUGACCAACAGACGGUCGAUGUCUCAAAGGUUGAUGUGAUGUUUCAGCGCUCUGCAGGACACUGACCUCAGUUCAGCUGCUCUCACUGCCCAGAUCAGCUCUCACUGCUCUCAUCUGGACGUCUGCACACACUCGACCGUCUACCUGCUCAGAAUGAGGGCUGCUGAUUGGCUGUUAGUCGUGGCGUUCCUGCCCCUCGUCUCCCUCGCCGUCCAUCCGGACAUCUGCAGCGCCAAACCCAAAGACCUUCAACUGGAGCCGCGCUGCAUCUACCGCAGCCCCGACCCCGAGGACCCGACCUCCGACCCCGAGGACCCGACCCCGACCCCGGAGACCGAGGCCGUCCCCGAGUCCACCAACCCCAGAGUGUGGGAGCUGUCCAAGGCCAACAGCCGCUUCGCCCUGUCCCUCUACAAACAGCUGGUCCUCAGCAAGACCCCCGAGUCCAACAUCUUCAUGUCCCCCAUCAGCAUCUCCACCGCCUUCGCCAUGACCAAGCUGGGAGCCUGCAACCAGACCCUGCAGCAGAUCAUGGAGGUGUUUGAGUUUGACACCAUCAAGGAGAAGACGUCGGACCAGGUCCAUUUCUUCUUCGCUAAACUCAACUGCCGUCUGUACCGGAAGAAGGACGCCACCACAGAGCUGAUCUCUGCCAACCGGCUGUUCGGGGACAAGUCUCUGGUCUUCAACGAGACGUACCAGAACAUCAGCGAGACCGUCUACGGAGCCAAGCUGCUGCCCCUCAACUUCAAGGAGAACCCGGAGAAGGCCCGGGUCACCAUCAACGACUGGAUCGCCAACAAGACGGAGAACCUGAUCCAGGACACGCUGCCGGUCGGGGCGCUGGACUCCAACACCGUCCUGGUCCUCGUCAACACCAUCUACUUCAAGGGUCAGUGGAAGAAUAAGUUCGAUAAGGACCUCGUGUACCAGACAGACUUCCAUGUGAGUGCGGAUCGGACCUGCUCGGUCCACAUGAUGUACCAGGAGACCCGCUUCAGGUACUUCACCGACGACCAGGUGCAGGUGCUGGAGAUGCCGUACCGCGGAGACGACAUCACCAUGGUGAUCAUCCUGCCCAGAAGAGACACCAUGCUCAGCAAGGUGGAGGACAGUCUGGACCUGAAGAAGCUGACCGGCUGGUUGGACCAGAUGACUGAGACGACGGUGGCCGUCCACGUGCCUCGCUUCAGGAUCGAGGACGAAUUCAGUCUGAAGGAGAAGCUGAAGGCGAUGGGACUGACUCACCUGUUCAGCUCCGAGCACGCCUCUCUGCCAGGGAUGUUGGAGGACGGCGGUGAAGGCCUCCACAUCUCAGACGCCUUCCAUAAAGCCUUCCUGGAGGUGAACGAGGAGGGCAGCGAGGCGGCGGCGGCCACCGCCGUGGUCGCCAUCGGGCGUUCCAUCAACCUGGACCGGGAGGUGUUCGUGGCCGACCGGCCGUUCCUGCUGCUCAUCAGAGAGUCCACCAUCAACGCCCUGCUGUUCACCGCCAGAGUGGCCGACCCCUGCAGCCAAUGAGAACGCUCCGGCCUGCCGAUGUCACAAAUCCACACGUUGCCUCGGUAACAACAACAAUACGUCACCGUCUGACUCCGACAUAUAUAGAGAGGUUAUUAUUGGCUGUAGAGAGGUGAAGCCCCGCCCCCUUCUGUUUCCUCUGAGGGACGGGAUCUGUGAUUGGUUUCCACCUAAAGCAGGGGUCAGGGGUCAGGGGUCAGGGGUCAGCGACCUUUACUAUCAAAAUAAAAUGAAUAACAAUAGGGCCACAUUGAGGGAAAAAACAUCUGAGAACUACAGAAUAAAGUCGUACCUUAACAAGAAAAAAAGUCGUAAUUUUACAUUUAAUAAAGACGUAAUAUUACGAGAAUAAAGUCAUAACUUUACUUUAUAAUAUCGUGACUUUAUUCUGUAAAUCUCAGAUGUAUUAUAUAUAUAUAUUAUAUAUCAGUUAUUUCCCUCAGUGUGGUCCUAAUGCUCCGUCGUACCGUAGAACUACAACAAUGAUCAAUCAAAAUGAAAGUGGUGGUCAGUGGAGGGGGCGGGGCUUCACCUCUCCACGCUGUAACGUAUGUCCAUCCAGUACUUUUAGAGAACACUGCUGCAUUGUGGGUAAAGAAAGAGGCGGCUCGGUGGCGGUGGACACUUAAAGUGCUUUAUUGUAUUUCCUGUGGAGGCGCUGCGACCUGUGAGUGAUCUAGUGGUCAUCGUGGUGAAAGAAGCUUCUUCACAUUGGUCUAAACUACCCCCCCCCACCAACAGAGACAUGCAACAGAAAAGAUCUUCACAAUAAAAGUACCUCCUCUUCAAAAUAAAAUGUACAGUAUUAAAAGUUUAAUUUACUAAAGGCUU